GGAAACGCAAGAUGUAGAAACAUCCAACGACCCUCUUCGAGUCCUACACGUUUCGAAGAGGUUUGGUUCGAACCAAGCCGUAGAAGAUGUCAGUUUUGGUGUGGAGCGUGGAACGAUAUGUGCCCUAUUAGGCCCGAACGGUGCUGGAAAGACUACAACGUUCAAUAUGAUUCGGGGUGAUAUCAGCCCUAGUAGUGGAGAUGUCCUCAUCAAUGGCAUGUCCAUUACCCGUCACUCUGCGGCUGCCAGAGUAUCCUUGGGUGUCUGCCCCCAAUUCACGGCCAUUGACAGUCAGCUUACAGUUCGAGAGCACCUUCAAGUGUACGGCCGUCUAAAAGGUCUCCACAGUGGCGACGAACUUCGGCAGAAUAUAGAAGUGCUACUGGAUGCAACGAUGUUGUCGAUAUAUGCAGACAGGAUGGCUACCACAAUCGAGAACGCGGCAAGUGCAGAGGCCGAGAUCAAGGAUACGCAAUAUGCGAAAAGAAUGGACGU